UGUGUUUUUGGUCAUGCUCCUAUAAUUACUUUCACUUCCCUUGUGGUGUUAUGUCCAUCUCUCUAUUUGAAAUUUGUUCUUUAACCGGUCUUCUUUGCAUCGGAGAAGAGGUUUCUACCUUGUUGCCAGCUGUUCCUGUAGAAGAAUAUGACCCUGGUGACACCAGAAUAACUUUCUUGAAUUUCCAAAGGAACUUAAUUCUCACCACCAAGAGUGUGUUGCCAAAGAGUUCAUUCCUCUUGCUGUCGGUUUGGCACAUGUUCCUACAAUUGUGGCUUAAUUCUUAUUUCCCAACUGUUGCCCCUGAAUUUGAGAAAGUUGAUGAGGAAGAUUUGCUACCUUACGGCACGUGUGUCCAAGAUGCAAAGAAGCUGCCGCAAAGUUUUAAGACAUAUUUUAACCAUUUUGCAUCCCUCUCAAUUGACCGGCCAAAUGUAGAAUUUGCAGUAUUUCUUGAAAGGAAGUAUGGCCCAGAAUGGUAUAAAGCAAAUAGGAGCAAAGAGGAAUUCAAAGCUUGUUGGAAAGCUUACAUCUCUCCAAGAGAUUUAUUCAUAGGCUGCAGCAUUGGGGGGCCACAAUCAAGGUGCAGCUCAGAGCUAUAUGCUCCUAAUCAAUUCUGUCGCACGUUCCUCAACUCAAUCGACUUUCAGCCACCUCCACUUAGCCAUCCCGACUGCACUAAAGCUUAUAAAGACUGGUGGAUGUCACACUUCACAUCACGCUUUGGUGCUGUAAUGAAUUCCUUGGACCAAUUUGCUCCCCUAGAAAAUAACAAAAAGGAAGACAAAAGCAAAGUCGAAAAUCCUCCACCCAUUGGCAAAGUCAAGAAUUCCUUAAAUAAGAAACCAAAGACGCAACCUGCUAAGAGGAAAAUGUCUUCUCCACAGAUUUCUGAUAAAGAGGAUGCACCAAAUAAAAUUGCAAAAGCAUCUAUUCAUAGUUCCACUAAGCUUGUGGUCACAAAGGUCGAUCCUCCUUGCUCAAUGGCCAAAGCUAUUCGGUCUUCCCCUAGGGUUACAAGCAAAUUUUUUCAAACUGUAGAAUCAAAUGAGCAAGCCGACUUCACAAGAGAAGAAUUGCAGCCGGUCACCACCUCACCGCCAAAGCCUAUUGCUCCUGCACUGGCUGCUUCACUCGUGAUUGAGAUAAAUGAUGAUGUCCUUGAGAGUGAGAUUUUUGCUCAACUGGACCUUUUGGAUGACUUCUUGGAAAUAGAAAGGUCCAUGCCUCCUAGCUCAAAAGAUAAGAUCGUGGAAGAAGAAAAGAACAAUAUGGAUAUCCCUUCUCAAGAAUCCAUCGAUGCUGCCACCCGCCUUCUUCUUGAGCUAUUGAAUGGUAAUCCAUCUGAACUUUGCCAAGUCGUUGAUCAAAAUGAGGCAUUCAAUGCUGCUAAGGUCUUGAGCAAGGCUCCCACACUGGAUGCAUCAGUGCAAGCAACCGCGGCUGUAGAUCUUGCUCGGCAAUGUAAAGAUGCAGUAGAGAAGAAAAAGGGUAUUUAUGAAAAGGUGAAAAAUAGCAUUAGCACCCAAAUGAAGCUGCAUCAAGACAACCUAGAUGAGAUUGCCGAACUAGAAGCCCGCCUUGCCGAGCUGAAAAAGGCAACAACAAAGGACGAAGACAACCUCAAAUCCCUUAAAGGCGAGAAAAGAAAAUUACUAGUUGAGCUCAAGGAAGAAAGACGUGAAGCUUUAGCUGCAAAGAGUGAGGCUGCACAACAGGAGGAUAAAGCAAAGGAAGCUAACAACACACUGCAGCAAAUAAAAGAUGAGUGGGCCACCUGGAUGCAGAACGUUUGCUAGGUUUUUUUUUUUUUUUUAGUAUCAUUCAUCCUUGUCACGGCCAUUAAGCCGCUUGAACAUUUGUUUCC